CAUAAAUAGGACACGAGAAUGCCGACCAUUCAAGAGCCCGUGAGUCGCUUGGAGGAAAAUCUUCACCGGGAAAAACUGACCUUCCUUGGUAUGAAGUUUCUUGAGACUAUUUGGUCUCUGACGUGUUGUGCAUUACACGUCCUCAGUGCACUGGAAGAGUCGGAACCAACAAAGCUCGAGAUAUUUUGCGCAAUAUACGUAAUUUGUGCAAUAGUUUCUUUUCUCAAGCUCAUCUUUAUUGGCUGUGGCUGCUGUAAAAUCCAUUACCGUAGCGAAGAAAUAAUUUCGUUAACCGGAUUUAUGAUCUGUGCUGUAAGCGGGUUCAUAACAAUGUAUCGCGUAGAACAGGAUAUUCACAUGCAGUACCUCACGGAUAAGGAAGAAUGGUAUCAUAAGUUUUUCGUUUACAGUCGAUUCGAGAGUAUCUUUGCGAUGCAAACAUCUGGAUUGUUUCUUAUACACGGAGUAUUGGUUUUGGAUUUGACAGGUGAGCUUGACAAAAUAUUUGGAAAACUUGAAAACGGAGCAAUUCUGGAGAAUAGUAACAACCGGGAUGCAGAAGCAUAUCGACGACUGCAGCUAAAUCCAUUUUGGAUAUCUGCAUUGAAAUGGUUCCAACACGUCGUUAAUAGCAUUGCAUCGAUUAGAAGAACGAAUAGUGAACAACGCAUUUGAGAUGAAACCGGUUAAAACCAUCAAUUAAACCUUUUGAAUAGUUGUUUUAAAUGUUUUAUCAUAAUAUUAUAUAAUUACCAAAUAUUCAUCAGCAUAGCUGUUUGCUAGCCUUCAUUAGAAUAUAACAAAACAAUGAACGCAGUAAAACAACUAUUUUGGUUAGGUAUCAUUAGUUUUGUUUCUCUUUUGCUGUUUUCUACUAAAUAAUGAUUAGAAACAAUCUCUGUACGUUGUAUCUACUAAUUGAAAAUAAUGUGUAAUGAAAAAAUGA